AAGGGCGACGAGGGAGACGACAUCUUACUCACAGAGGAACAGCUCGCAGCAGCUAACCUGAGCAGGCUGGAGGGGGAGGAAUUGCUCGAGAAACUGGGGGACAUGAUGCUGACCCCGGAGCAGCUGGCCGCCAUCCUCAACAGGAAGGCGAUCGACGACGUCACCAAACUCUGGCCUGAUGUCAACGGCUUCCCUGACAUUCCCUAUACCUUUGAGGACGACCUGGUUGACAAGGCAGCCAUCCGGAGCGCCAUCCAGCACUGGAUCGACAACACCUGCCUCACCUUCACCGAGGUCCCGAACACCAGCACUGGAGAACGCAUUAAGUUCAUCCGCCACGAAUCCGCCUGUACCUCUUACAUUGGAAUGGUCAGCGGCAGCGAUGGACAGAUCAUCAACGUGGCCCAGUGGUGUGAGCAGGCAGUUGGCCGUCAGGUGCACGGGAUCGGACACGCCUUGGGCCUCUGGCAUGAGCAUUCGAGGUCAGACCGAGAUGAACACAUCCUAAUUCUCCCACAAAACAUCAUGUCAUCGUUUAUUUAUAACUUUGACAUGAUGACGACCAACAAUUAUGGUGUGCCGUAUGACUAUUCCUCAAUUAUGCAUUACAAUGCGCAGAGCUUCUCUCUGAACAGCCGCAAUACCAUCGUGACCAAAGACCCGAGGUUCCAAGCUGAAAUUGGCCAGCUCAAAGGCCUCUCCCACAUGGACAAGCUCUUAGUAAACACCAUGUACGGCUGUACAGAUAAACUCCUCAUCACGUGCGGACUACCUAGUGAUCCCUGUCAGAAUAAUGGUUAUUUAGGAAGUGACUGCACUUGUGUGUGUCCUGAUGGAACUUCAGGGAGCAACUGCGAGAUUGUUGAUACACUCUAUAAUGAUGCUAUCCUAUAUUUCAACACUGAGAUCGUCACCGUUGAGAAAACUAUUUCAACCGUGAACUAUCCUAAUGCUUUCCCUUAUGAUUCGGAUUUCGUCAAAUGGAUAAUCGCCCCCGAGUGUAAUGAAGUAAAGCUAACCUUCACGGCAUUCGAUCUGUUUCAAGCGGUUCAAGUAAUGAUAGACGGCGUUAGCAGACUCGGCUGUUGGUACGAUGCCCUGGAAAUCAGGACUACUAGUGCAUCGGAAGGGCAGUGGUUCUGUGGGACGGAUAUUUCGCCUGGCCAGGAGUUCCAGUCUGUUGGAGGAGAAAUGAUUCUUUACUUCAAAGCUAGGGCAUCUUUCCUAACCGGUUGGUCGGCUAACAUCACCUUUGUUCCCAUUCCUUCCUGCGGGCCUUCGGGAAUAACUAAAACCACGACUACAAGCACAAGUACCACUACAACAACCACAACCACAACCACAACGGCCUCGGUUGGUCAGUGUACCUCAUACAGAGAAAACGGACGGACUUAUUUAAUUUCUCCAAACUUCCCUGAAUAUUAUCCACCAAACGCGUACUGUACCCUUUCAAGAAUUACAGAGGAGCUCGCCACAGUGAACUUAUUUAUCAGGGUUCUUCGGCUGCGUGCUGGCGACACCCUCGUGAUCCAGAACCCUUACACGCCGCCGCUAACCUUGUCGGGGAGAAAAAGACGAUAUAGGAACAUCAUCCCAAGUGCACAAUUCCUCGCUACUUUCACGUCCAAUGCUACCGGAGAGUGGACGGGUUUCCAUGCACAAUUCAGCCCAUGGACCUCCUCUUGCCACCAAGUCCUAUCCGCUAGCCCCGGGGGAGCCAUCACGUCGCCGAGGUUCCCCCGCAGGCACCCGAGGAAGAAGUACUGCGAGUGGAAAAUCAUGGCGUCGGUAGGCAAGAACGUUCAGCUGACCUUCACGCACAUGCGCCUGGGAACCUACGCUCAGAACUUCGUGGCUGUGAACCCAACCACCGACCUUUACUACACCCCUGGUUCUGUCCUCACCUUCAAUGGCUUCGCACUCCCGCCGAACGUCAUUUCGGACUCGAACCUCAUGAGGAUCUUCUUCUCCGGCAAGAGGAGGAGCAGGGGCUUCAGGCUGUUGUAUAAUGAGGUUUAGAGAAAGGAGGAAGGAGGAGGAGAGGGAGGAAGGGAGGAAAGAGAGUGGAGGAAGGAGGAGGAGAGGGGAGGUGGGAACUAAGGAUGGGGGAAAAGGAGAGGGGAGAGAAGGGGAAUAAUGGCAGACUAAAAACCCUUGAGCCGAAGAGGGGGACUGGAAGAUAACUAGGGAGAAAAGAAGGAAAGAAAAGAAACAAAGGAAAAGGGGAGAAAAAGAGUAAAAGAGUGAAGGAGGCGAAGGCAAAAAGAGAAGAGAAGAGGACGGAAAAUUCAUUCUAAGUGAAAGAGUUUCUUAUUGUUUCGAUAGUUUUAUCAUUUGGGUUUGAAAUUUCGAGGUGAUGGCCGCCUUUCCCCAGGUUUCGAGACUAAUCAUGCUCACGCAGUUGUACACAUAGAGCUAAAGUUGCCUCGGGAAAUGCAAGGUAUUUAUCUGAUGAAUUAGUACAGAUGUAUUUUAUCAAAAUUAAUCAUAUUGAA